GAGGUUAUGACAUGAAUGCUGAUUCUGCCUAGCAUUUAGGGGAAUGUAGAAAUCCCUCCCUAUUUCUCUGUACACAAGUGCUUUGCGAAAUAAGCAUAUUUAAGAUCCUUUCAGACAUCCUUUUGACUGUUGAGAUUUUCCUAAAUGUUGCAAAAGUGCUCCACUGAUGAGAAAAAGGUAAGACAUUGUUGUGUGAAAAGAUCAAAUAGGAAAUGAUAUUUAAAACCCAACAGUGCUAGGACAAUCUUUAUACCUCACAAAGCAGCAGAGUGGUGGAGGAGGAGCUUUUUUUGCUUUGAAGUUCUUAAUAAAAAUUAAUAGGGAUUUAUAUGAGUUAAUAUUUUGUUAUAAUUUAUACUUCAUUCACAUUACAGUAGGUUUUAGUCUGGAAACCUUUUGAAGACACAGCAUUAAAAAUCUGAAAUUCAUGUGAGUGAAAUAAUGCAUCUUAAUGACUUUAGGCUGGGCAAAAUUAGACACAUGUGAGCAAGAUUAAUGGAAUCCUCCCAUCAGGAUAAUGUUUUGCAUGCCUCUGAGCAUCUGUCCUACAAAGCCACAGCUGUGAAAGCUGCUCCUGUUGUAAAUUAGUACCUGCUCUUGAAGAUACUGCUCAUCUUGGGAGAGUAUUGUUUCACCAGGGGCAGGGAAGGGAAGAGCACAGAGUGAAGCUGAGUCAGUAGGGCAUCCAUGCCACCAAUGGCAUGAUAGUGAUCUCGGAAGCACGACUUAUUUACCUCAGUGGAAGGAAUGAAUUAGGUAGAAGCUUUUUUCAAGGGCAUUGUCAAAUCACAGAAGUGCUUUUAAUCUGUGGAGUCAGUGUUGCUUAUAUUUCCUGCCUGUCUGUAUUGCUUCUUUAUAUACAGAUUUACUUUGAGUGCACAUUUGUGCAGGGAAAAAGAUUCCAGUCAACAUAAGCAAAAGCAGAAGAAUAGUCCUGUAACUUCUUAAAACAGAAAGCAUUGUCUGCUGCAAUGUGCUAAGAGGAAAAGGGACCUCCUCACCUGUCACUUACACUACCCAUAACUCAAGUCAUGAUGUGACAUGACAUUAGUACUUCACUGCUUUCCACUAUCAGCAUAAAAACUUGUAUUUUGAAUGUUAGUUUGGCAAGUUAGAUUAAGGAACCAAAAUUAAGGAAAAAUACUGCCUCCCCAGUGGCACUUCAUUCAGAAAAUACACAUUUGUCAAGAGGGUCUACACAACCUGGGAGAAGGUGCAAGUGAAAGGAACUGUCCCCACUACAGCUCUGGCAGACUUAAAUCUGCUUAAAGCAAUCACAAAACCAGUCACCUGAAGGGACCCGUGUAGCGUUCCAGUGAAAACAUGGAACUCUCCUCAUUUUAUUUUCCAGUACAAGAACUGCGGGCAUCAGAUGAAGUCAGUAGAAAUCAGGUCUGAAACAAUAGGAGGGGUUUACAUGAGCUGUAUAACACUUGCCACAGAAUGCUGCAGAGAGUAAAAGCCUAUAGACAUUCAAGUGGAAAAGUCUGAGGGACAGAAAUCCAUUCAGGGUUACCAAAUACUUAGAAACUCCAUCCAGAUCAGCCAGCUCAUAAACUGCAGCUGGAAGCUGGGAGAGUGUUAUUAUUAUUAUAUACACAAGUAUAAUUAAUGCUUGUGUGUUCUUACAUUCUGUAGGCAUUCACUUUCAGCCACAGUCAAGCACAAGACAGUGGUGAACCUUGGGUAAGGCCCAGGACCAGUGUUCUCAUGGUGUUUAUUUUGAACUCACCCUCAAGCUGUGCUGUCCCCUCUUUCCUGGUAGCUUAUUAUUAGAACUGGGUCACAUGAGGCAUUUGGGACUGCGUCUCGGUUGCACUCACUGACGUUUCAGCACAGGGAAAGCUCUGUGCUGGCAGGAACAGCACCACAGCUUAUGUGAGGACGGGAGUAGCAUUUUUUUGCAUAAGAUUCACUUAAAGCAGAAGGUUCAUUUUUCUGGCUGUUCCCCAUUGCAUCAGGGACGUAGCGCUGAGCUAAUCCAGGGAGGCGUCGAGGCGCGAGCUGUAUUUAGAGUCAGCCACCUGCUUGGGAACAUCAAGCGGCAGAAAGAGCCUGCUUCAGCAAAACCCUCCCCUUGCAUCCCACAGCAGCGGCUUGCAGCAGGCCCUCCCUCCUCUGCCUGACUCUGCAUCAGGCCUCCAAAGGGCUCAGCACCUGAAGACAGACCCUGUCAGCCCAGGAAUGCUCUGAGCCUGGCACUCCCUCUGCCCAGGAACUGCCAGAUAUUUUGGACAGCUGCAAGGUGGAAUUAAAUCACGUGGGUGAAGAGUGGCCUAAUCUCUACAUAGGCAAUAUAACAACAGCCUGGAGUGUUUUUGUUUCUGAUCCUUCUAUUAAAAUGGCCAAUUACCUCUUAAGCAAUGGAUUUGCACAGACCAACUGAGCACUUUUCUUGACCAAACUGAGGAAAACGAAAAGCUGUCUCUGAUACAGCCUGAGUGCAUGCAAAGGAGCAGCAAGAUGCUUCACACCAGAGACCCUUCAUCCCUGACUAACAGCACGUCCUAUGAAACACCGGCACUAUCAGAUCUCCAGCAGCUCCUGUGGCUCAGAGGAGGCUCUGAUAAUCACGUGGACCAAGUCUGGCCAAAUAUCUACCUGGGAGAUGCGUGGGCUGCUAGGAGCAAAGCUACACUUCGAAGCCUCAACAUUACUCAUAUCCUUAAUGCAGCAGAUGGACCAUAUAGCAUCAACACGGGAGCCAACUAUUAUGCAGAUCUGCAAAUAGAGUACUAUGGAAUAGAAGCAUUUGAUGAUCCUUCCUUCGAUUUAAGUAUCUUCUUCUAUGACGCUGCCAAUUUCAUAGGCAAGGCCUUAAACUCUUCAGGAGGUAAGGUGUUUGUUCAUUGUGCCAUGGGAGUGAGCCGCUCAGCAACUUUAGUGCUUGCCUUUUUAAUGAUCCAUGAAAACAUGACACUUGUGGAUGCUCUGAAGACAGUGAGUGCUCACAGAAACAUCUGCCCGAAUUCGGGGUUCCUCAGCCAGCUCCGGGACUUGGACAUUAAACUGAAUGAAGAGAGGAAAGGAAGCAGAGCAUCUGCUAUCAGAGGCCUGUAAGAGAGUAUUGCUGAAAGAAAGAGGACAAAAUCUUGUUUGAGUUGCCUGUAUCUCUUAUAGAUGAACUGCAUUUAUAAAUUCAGGACACAAGUUUAUGGGACACCAGGACGCAUGUUAUUAAUAAAAGUAGAUUUUGCUUGAUCUUUCCAUUUUGCAAAGCCUUCCUAGAUUUAUAUUUACAAUUGGUUGUAUACUCUAUCCUUCAUUCUCCACCUUAAAACAUUACUGUCUGCUGGUUUAAAAGAAAAAAAAAGAAAAAGAAAAAGAAAGAAAAAAAGCGAAAGAGAUCAGGUUCCACUUCAGAAAUAGCUGUGUUUCAGCAACUAGUGGAGCUCAUAUCACUUUAUGAAGUGUUAGGCUAUUUGAGGUGAAAGAUGCCAUAUUAUUAAUGCUACAGUAAUGCUUAGAAGUUUUCUUAUGAACCUGCCCCUCACCCCUUCACUCCCUGUAUCUCAGAGGGUUUGUAUUUUGAGACUUGAAUCUGGCACUGGUUAGUUCUUGCUUUUACAAUUGGUGGAGCUCCUGAGUUGGGGCAACAGGCUGUUUAAAGGCAGAGCAGCUGGGAAACAACAUAAGCCAUUCUAAGAAAUGAUUCCAGGUAUCUCUACAGGCUUUUCCUUUUGGCUGUUCAUCAGAGCUUUUUUUCCUCCAUGUAAGUACCUUUCCUUGAGAGGGCAUUCAAAUAUUGUUCAUCUUCCAUAUUAAAAAUCAACCAGGAAUUGCUGCAGAAAAUGCUUCUAAAGAAGAAGGUGGGUUCCCAGCUAACGUUGGUGCAGGAAAAUAUUUGACAAAGUUCAAAUUUGUCUGGCAGUUUAAAAUUAAAAACUUGGGAUUUUCUUUUUCAAAAAUAAAAGGUUAUUAACAUUGCAACAUCAUA